GCAAGUGCUAAUACUGGAGAAGCAUAAUGGGGGUUUCUGCCACAACUUCACCUACGUCUUAUAUGCACGGAGAAGGAGAAGAAUUGUAAAGAGAUCAGAACUCCAGAAACAGUCAUAACUUACACAGACACGUACUACUUCAGAAUGGAGAACAGGCCAUUCAUAGCAACAGCUUCUUGUGAUCCUCUUCAAAGAACAGUUAAUGAUGCUCCCAAGAACACCUCAGUGUCCAUCAGUCCAUCAGGUUUGGUGUCAGCAGGUAGCUGGGUGAACCUGACCUGCUCCAGCAGAGCCAAUCCUCCAGUCAGCAGCUUCACCUGGUUCAAGACCAGCAAAGAUGGACCCAUCAAAGUGUCUGACAAAGACCUUUACAGCUUUAAUGUGACAAAUGGAGGAUUUUAUUACUGUGUGGCCACAAAUGAUCUUGGUAAUGAAACAUCAUCGGAGAUCAAGCUGAUUGCUGAAGGCAAUCCAGAGUUUGGGGUUGAUGUCCACAUCACAGUGAAGAUCCUGGGAAUCAUAGCACUCUACGGCACAAUCAUCAUCUUUGAGUGGUGGUUUAGAUCAAGAUGCUGCAACAAACCAGUGAAAGACAUAGCUGAAGCAGACUACAUCAACUGUGUGAUUGAGAUUCAAGCAUCAUGAAGGAGAAGAGGAAAACAUCUUGUUCACCUUUUAUGGAAUAUUUCUGAUUCUUAUUCAUCUUAUUCUUAAAUAUUAAAUAUUUUUCUUUGCAGCAGAUCAGUAAGAUGAUCAAAAGUUCAAGUGCAAACAAGACAGAAGAUCAUAUACUGUAGCUUCAUUAUUAAUUGUUUAAGAUUGUGCUAUCUUUUUUAUCCAACAGUGUUUUCUUUGCAUGCAUGGAUAUAUUUUUUCAAACAAAAGCUUUGAUAGUUAAAAUUAGAUUUUUGUUGUGAUGAGAAAGCAGAAAAUGUUGAUAUUUAUCUUUUAUUGUCACAGUUGUUUUGUGUAUAUACAUGUGUAGAUGAAUGCUGGAUUAAAAGCAUCUGAAGUUAAACAAAGCAUUUUAAUCAGGUUCUCUCCUCAGCGCUGUAUUGCAGAGCAGCAGUGAUACAGACUGUACACAAGUCAGUUUAAUAAACUCUGUGGUAACUACAUGUGUCAAAUAGUCUUUGGUUGAUAACACUUUAGAAUAAGUUAAAGAAUCAGGUGGCAUUAUUAAAUAUCCCUUUCAGUUUGACAAGAGCACUGAGACACCUCACA